AUGUCUGACCCCGAGCCCUCUGCCGUGGCUUUCUCGUCCUCUCCUCCCUCGACCCAGACGUCAGAUUCGGCUGCUGCUGCUUCUAGCUACGCCUUUCUCGUACACUCCCAAAAGACAUUAACCCAGAACCUCCCGCCGCGGGUGGACAACAAAUUGCUGGCACGGCAGAAGCGGCGUCGGACUAGUCCCGAAGAUUACGCUAUUCUCGAGGCCGAGUACCAACGCAACCCCAAGCCCGACAAGGUAUCACGGGCAAGCAUAGUGAGCCGCGUCUCUCUGGGCGAGAAGGAAGUCCAGAUCUGGUUCCAGAACCGUCGCCAGAAUGACCGCCGAAAGUCGAAACCACUCCAGCCUCACGAGCUUCUUCCGUCCUCCCAAUCCGACGAUAAGGCCGCGAGCGAUGACAGUAUACCUGCAGAAGGGUUAGAGCAGGAGAAUGACCAUGGUGACGCUCACGUUCGGGCCCCGGCACUCCCGGAGGGCGAUUCAUUUGCAUCAGAUGGAGUAGACAAGGAGGACGAGCAGCUUGGUGGAAGCUCGCAAACGAGCGUUGCUACGUCCGAAUGCCUGGAAUCUAGCCAACAGGAUGAUCUGCACACAGUGAAAACACCCAAGGACCCGUCGAGCAACGAGCUUCUGCAGACCUCCGCCAAGAGGAAGCGAGCUGGGUCAGACCUCGGAGGGACAACUGCAGAGGCUGCCCCAGCAGGGCUGAACACCCCAAAGUCACCACCGUCAUUAAGGAUUUCGCUAUCAUUUGACGGAGAAGCCAUGGUACGCAAGGAAGACGAAUUAACCCCGUCACCGCCCAAAGGACGGAAUUCCCUUCGAAUCUCGAUGUCUGCAGAUGGAAAGGCAGUCAUCCGUGCCAACGGCGAACCAUCCCCAUCUAAAAACCGUGUCUCCAUGUUCUCCGCUCGCAAACCUAGACUGGGCGGUCUCCGGAGAAGCGCCAGCGCUGUCGUCCUGGGUACGCCCCCCAGCUCAUUAGAGAAAGAAAGGUCGUUUGGGAGGUCGCGUGACCCUCGAAACUGGGAGUCGUUCUUCGAUACAGACGCGAGAAGUGCAUUGUCCACGCCUUUCAGCUCACAAAGCACACCAAACUCUUCUGCAUUACGAUCCAGCGGCCAGCGUUCCCUGACCAGAACCCUAUCUGCAAGACACACCUCCCUCCUGACACCACCCUCGGAACACCAGGGCACACCAAUCAGCCAAGCGAUGAGAGAGAAGCGGCGGAAAUUGUCCCGGACCGUCUCUUCGCUGGGCCGGCUGGAGACUGGACGCAAAGUCCUAGGCGAGAAACCACCAUCCACACUGAAGAACUCCAAGACCCCCAAAGACGACCUCGACAUCGAAGACGGCGAUUCCGACAAGGAGAACUGGAUCCCCGGCACUCGCGUAUCCCAGUCGCGCCGACGAACUGUUUCACACCAGCCUCAACGACCAGCUCUCAAGGAUUCCAACGGACAAAACAACAGAGGGAACACCAAAGCCCCGGGCCGGCCUCGGCUGCCGCAACAAUCGUACCGGAAAGCGGGUGGCGGAAACACAAAAUCGCUGUCUGGUCUAGGCACGGACGUCACUGCCUUUAUGGCUGGCGAAAACACAGCAAGCCAGGAGGAGGACCUGGACUGUAUCCAAGGGUUGUUAUCCUUGAGCCAAGGUGCAUGGCGAUGA